AGAUCGGUUGUUUGUCUUAUUUGUGUUGUUUUCAUUCUGUUUUCUAUCAGACUGGACUCUCCUGUUCCUGACUGUGUGUCCAUGAAGAGUGACCGGUCGAUUGGACAGCCUCUUAAUUUCAAAGGUGAACAUCCUUCUGUUGAUAAAAGACUGGACUCUCCUGUUCCUGACUGUGUGUCCAUGAAGAGUGACCGGUCGAUUGGACAGCCUCUUAAUUUCAAAGGUGAACACUCGUCUGCUGAUAAAAGGUCAACUCCUUCCUUUUGCCAGCGCAAACUGAAAUCUAAUCUACAGGAGAAGUUCCAGUGUGUGUUUGAGGGUAUCGCUAGAGCAGGAAACCCAACCCUUCUGAAUCAGAUCUACACAGAGCUCUACAUCACAGAAGGAGGGACUGCAGAGGUCAAUAAUGAACAUGAGGUCAGACAGAUUGAAACGGCAUCCAGGAAACCAGACAGACCAGAAACAAGAAUCAGACAAAGAGACAUCUUUAAAGCCCCACCUGGAAGAGAUGAACCAAUCAGAACAGUGCUGACAAAGGGAGUGGCUGGCAUUGGGAAAACAGUCUUAACACAGAAGUUCACUCUGGACUGGGCUGAAGACAAAACCAACCAGGACAUAAUGUUCAUAUUCCCAUUCACCUUCAGAGAGCUGAAUGUGCUGAAAGAGAAAAAGUUCAGCUUGGUGGAACUUGUUCAUCUCUUCUUUCCUGAAACCAAAGCAGCAGGAAUCUGCAGGUUUGAAAAGUUCCACGUUGUGUUGAUCUUUGACGGUCUGGAUGAGUGUCGACUUCCUCUGGACUUCCACAACACUGAGAUCCUGACUGAUGUCACAGAGUCCACCUCAGUGGAUGUGCUGCUGACAAACCUCAUCAGGGGGAAACUGCUUCCCUCUGCUCGCCUCUGGAUAACCACACGACCUGCAGCAGCCAAUCAGAUCCCUCCUGGCUGUGUUGACAUGGUAACAGAGGUACGAGGGUUCACUGACCCACAGAAGGAGGACUACUUCAGGAAGAGAUUCAGAGAUGAGGAGCAGGCCGGCAGGAUCAUCUCCCACAUCAAGACAACACGAAGCCUCCACAUCAUGUGCCACAUCCCAGUCUUCUGCUGGAUCUCUGUUACAGUUCUGGAUCUGUUGAAAACCAGAGAGGGAGGAGAGCUGCCCAAGACCCUGACUGAAAUGUACAUUCACUUCCUGGUGGUUCAGUCCAAAGUGAAGAACAUCAAGUAUGAUGGAGGAGCUGAGACGGAUCCACACUGGAGUCCAGAGAGCAGGAAGAUGAUUGAGUCUCUGGGAAAACUGGCUUUUGAUCAGUUGCAAAAAGGAAACCUGAUCUUCUAUGACUCAGACCUGACAGAGUGUGGCAUCGAUAUCACAGCAGCCUCAGUGUACUCAGGAGUGUUCACACAGGUCUUUAAAGAGGAGAGAGGACUGUACCAGGACAGGGUGUUCUGCUUCAUCCAUCUGAGUGUUCAGGAGUUUCUGGCUGCUCUUCAUGUCCAUCUGACCUUCAUCAACUCUGGAGUCAAUCUGAUGGCAGAGGGGCAGUCAACUUGCCAGAGGUCUGCACCAGCAACAGAGAAAUGUGCAGUAAAGCACUUCUACCAGAGUGCAGUAGACAAGGCCAUACAGAGUCCAAAUGGACACCUGGACUUGUUCCUCCGCUUUUUUAUUGGCCUUUCCUUGCAGACCAAUCAGGAACUCCUGCGUGGUCUGCUCAUGGCAAGUUGUUCUCCUUCCAAUCAGGAAACAGUCCAGUAUAUCAAGAAGAAAAUCAGGGAGAAUCCCUGUCCACAGAGAAGCAUCAACCUGUUCCACUGUCUGAAUGAACUGAAUGAUCGUUCUCUAGAGGAAGACCUCCAACAGUCCCUGAGAUCAGGAAGUCUCUCCACAGAUAAACUGUCUCAUGCUCAGUGGUCAGCUCUGGUCUUCAUCUUACUGUCAUCAGAAACAGAUCUGGGUGUGUUUGACCUGAAGAAAUACUCUGCUUCAGAGGAGGCUCUUCUGAGGCUGCUGCCAGUGGUCAAAGCCUCCAACAAAGCUCUGCUGAGUGUCUGUAAGCUAUCAGAGAAAAGCUGUGAAGCUCUGUCCGCAGUUCUCAGCUGCCGGUCCUCUAGUCUGAGAGACCUGGACCUGGGUAACAACGACCUGCAGGAUUCAGGAGUGAAGAAGUUGUGUGCUGGACUGGAGAGUCCACACUGUAGGCUUGAAGCUCUAAGAUUACAUGAAACCAACCUCACAGAAGACUGCUGCCAGGGGUUUGCUUCUGUUCUCAGUUCUGACACCUCUGCUCUGAAAGAACUGGACCUGAGUAACAAUAACCUGCAGGAUUCAGGACUGAUUCUGCUCUAUCCUGGACUGAAAAGUCUGCACUGUAAACUCGAAACUCUAAGGCUCAGCAUCUGCAAUCUGUCAGAGGGAAGCUGUGAAGCUCUUGCCUCAGUUCUCAGCUCUCAGUUGUCUAGGCUGAGAAAACUGGACCUGAGUUGCAAUAACCUGCAGGACUCAGGAGUGAAGCUUCUCUUUGCCGGACUGAAGAGUCCGCACUGUCACCUGGAAACUCUCAGGUUGAAUCAAACCAGUCUUACAGAGAAAAGCUGUCCAGAGUUCUCAGCCACGCUCAGCUCCCAUUCCUCGACUCUGAGAGACCUAGACCUGAGUAACAACGACCUGCAGGAUUCAGGAGUGACAAUGCUGUCCAGUGGACUGGAGAGUCCAAACUGUAGACUGGAAACUCUCAGGCUGUCAGGAUGUAUGAUCUCAGAGGAAGGCUGUGCUUCUCUGGCCUCAGCUCUGAGCUCCAACCCCUCCCACCUGAGAGAGCUGGACCUGAGCUACAAUCAUCCAGGAGACUCCGGCGUGGCCCUGCUGUCUGCUGGAUUGCGGGAUCCACACUGGAGACUGGAGACUCUCAGGAUGGACCAUGGUGGAGUCCAGAGGUUGAAACCAGGUCCAAGGAAGUACGCCUGUGAUGUGACGCUGGACACAAACACAGCUCACAGGAAGCUUGAAGUGUCCAAAGACCACAGAAGUGUGACAGUUGUGGCCACGGAGCACAAGUGUGAAGACCGUCCAGAGCGGUUCGACCGCUGGUUCCAGCUGCUGUGUAGGAAUGGUCUGACUGGUCGCUGUUACUGGGAGGUGGAGAGGAGAGGAGCGGUGAACGUGGGUGUGACGUACAGAGGAAUAAAACGGAAAGGGCGCAGCGUCGACUGCAAGAUCGGAGAGAACGAUCAGUCCUGGAGUCUGUACUGCUCUGACGAGAACUACUUUGUUUGGCACGAUGACAGAAGGACGGCGGUGAGCGGCGAGCCGUCGCCGGUCUCCAACAGAGUGGCGGUGUAUGUGGACACUCCUGCAGGCACCCUGACCUUCUACAGAGUCUCCUUGGACUCACUGAUCCACCUCCACACCUUCUACUGCACCUUCACUGAACCGCUCUACCCCGGGUUCAGAUUUAGGUUCGGAUCCUUUGGUUCGUCAGUCCGUCUGUUGCAGCUGGAAGAUGAAAAGUCGCCUUCUGAGGCCUCAAACAGCCACUGAGAGGCCAUUGUUGUAUUACAUAUAUAGCUCUGUUUUGUUCUUUACAUAUCAUGCACAUCAAACACUAUCUAUUAGGGUGAAGAAAAAAAACACAAUACGGAAGCAUUAAUAACACUUUUUACGUCAGAAUGUGAUCAAAGAUAUUAACUCAAAACUU